UUUUAUACAGAACUUUUUUACUGUUUAACAGUAUGUGUAACUACACGUAGGACCAUUAUACAUGAAAAGGUAGAGAGCUGUAGAUGCAUACAGUUUCAUUGCCUUGAAAGAAGAGAACUGGCUGAUCUGCAUCAUCAGAUAUUUAAUGCAGAAAACAUGGGCUGUUCGGGUUCCAAAUCAGAAGGUGCAACUUCUAGAGCAACAUCUGCACAGGGAGACUCUAAACAGAGAAAUAAAGAUGGCAAUAAAUCUGUGGCCUCUAAUCCCAGGAGUCCUGAAGAUAACAAGAAAAGCUUAGAGGGCUCUAGUGUAGAUGAGCCAGGAUAUGGCCAAAAGGUGGCGCCACUUGACCCACUGCCCCCUGAUGACCCAGGUGUACCUAUAGAGAAGGUUGUCUGCCAGUUUGAUGACUUCAAAGAUGGAGAGAUGCGGGAGGUUGAUAUAGAUGGCAGUAAGGUGCUAUUAGUACGAGAGCAUGGAGAGUAUCAUGCCAUUGGAGCAAGGUGUACUCACGUAAAGGCACCACUAGUCAAAGGAGUUUUGUGCAAUGGGAGGGUACGAUGUCCCUGGCAUGGGGCCUGUUUCAACAUACGCACUGGAGAUAUUGAAGAUUUCCCUGGCCUUGAUAGUCUACAGAAAUACACAACGGUUGUAGAGGAAGGCAAUGUGAAAGUAAAGACGUUUGAUAAACUGCUGAAGUCAAAGAUUAGAGUAAAGGAGAUGUCAUGUUUUAGUGAAAUGGAGGAAGACUUGUAUCUCAUUAUUGGUGGCGGUCCUGCUUCUGUGGUGUGUGCUGAAACUAUAAGACAAGAAGGAUUCAGAGGCAAGGUUGUCAUAGCAACCAAGGAGCCACAUCUUCCGUAUGAUAGAACCAAACUCAGCAAGGCCCCGGAUUCCACUGGCAGCAAACUGGCUUUACGUGAAGCUGACUUCUACAAGGUCUAUGACAUUGAGGUGCUAUCCAACAAGGAGGCAGUCUCUAUAGACACCAUGUUAAACUCUGCUACAUUUGCUGAUGGAGACACAAUUAACUACAAUAAAUUGAUGAUAGCUACAGGUGGAAGACCAAAACCCCUGACUGUGCCUGGUGGGGAUCUAGAAAAUAUUUGCCUGUUGAGAUCCCCAGAAGAUGGCAAUACGAUUGUGGAGCAGAGCAAGGGAAAAAAUGUUGUCGUUGUUGGAACAUCUUUCAUCGGUCUUGAGAUAGCUGCUUACCUCUCCAAGAAAGCUAAAUCAGUGCAAGUUGUAGGACGGAGCAAUGUUCCAUUCAAACACACCCUAGGGGAUAAAGUUGGUGCUGCCAUGCAGAAGAUGCAUGAAGAAAGAGGAGUCAAAUUCCACUUUGGAGCAGAGGUACAAGAAUGUAUAGGAAAAGAUGGGAAAUUAUCUGAAGUUAUCCUUACAACCAAUGAGAAACUUUCUGCAGAUGUAUGCAUUGUGGGUACCGGUGUCCUCCCCUCUACAGUCUUCCUGCAGGAUUCUGGGAUUGAAAUGAACAGUCGGGGCCAUAUUAUUGUUGACAAGUACAUGAGAACCAACAAGGAUAAUGUCUUUGCUGGAGGAGAUAUUGUUGAAUUUCCUCUAUUUACAUCAGGAGAUGAGCCCGUCAACAUCGGCCAUUAUCAGAUGGCUCAUGCCCAUGGUAGAACAGCUGGACUAAGCAUGAUGGAGGUAGAUAUGGAGCUACGCAGUGUGCCUUUCUUCUGGACUGAACAGUAUGGCAAGAGUCUGAGAUACUCAGGUUACAAUGGGCCAGGCUUUGAUGAUGUCAUAAUAGAUGGUAACCUUGACGAAUUGCACUUUACAGCAUACUACACUAAAGGGGACAAAGUAAUUGCAGUAGCUAGUAUGGGGCCGGACCCUAUGACAGGCCAUGCAGCAGAGAUGUUCUUAGCAGGAAAGACUAUUGGCAAGGAGGAGUGUAGGGAUAAAGAGUGGACAAACAGAAUACAGGACUAAAUUCUUCCAAAAUUUGAGCAUUUCCUUAUCCUGAUGUGAAAAACAUUUCAGCUAUCUCCCCACAAGUUUUUACUGAACCCUAUCAUUUUUCCAGUUUUGGUCAAAAUCAUCUCAAUAUUUCACCCAGAGUCUCAACAGGGUGGAGUGUAUUUAC